CUCCACCUCCAACCUCCACCUCCGACCUCCACCUCCGACCUGCGCCACCUCCGACCUCCACCUGAACUUGAAGAACCUUCAAAAUGGCUGCCAGCGCCGUGGUCUUCGGUCUGUUUUGUUUUGCUCUCUUUGUGACUGUGACGUCUUCCACGAUAAAGACCCUGGACAGUCCCGGGGCUCUUUGGGACAGCGGCUUUGGUCGACCGCCGCCCCGACACGGACUCCCCCUGCUCAGAUGGUACGCCCGGACCUGCCUGGACAACAACAUGCGAGCGCUGUGCCGCCCCGACGAGCGAGAAUACGGCUUUCACGAGUUUGAAAACCACGGGUCACUUCUACCUCCGAUCACAGACAAAACACAGUUCACGUAUUUCACUCUGGGAAACUUACACUAUCCAAACGCAGAGAAUUUACCGUACGACGUUCGGAAAUACUACGACCCGAAGGACCCUAAAAGCAACAUGGACAGAGUGUUGGUUAAAUAUAAUCAUAACAACAAAAGGAUAGAGGAGAUUUACGCCUCGGCUCAUUAUGAUCCUAAAGGGACGUACAGGAUCGGCCCCCGUCUGCUGGAGUAUCUCCGGAGAACGAGGCUCACGCAGACCAGAGCCUCCACUGGAAACGCUUUAGUCAUUUGGAUUUAAUUUGAAUUGUACAGAUAUUUUUUAUUGCGGAAAUCCUAAAAAAUAAAUAAAGAUGA